AUGGAGUUCCUCUUCCUUCUGUACCUCGCCCCAACGUUGUACGCGUGUUUCCUCAUCUGGAAAAUGUUGGACGAGAGACGAGACAGGGAGUGUUACAUCCUCGACUAUCAGUGCUACAAGCCCUCCAACGACCGAAUGCUGGGCACCGAGUUCUGCGGGAAACUCAUCAAACGCAGCCAAAACUUGGGUCCCAGCGAGUACCGUUUUCUCCUGAAGGCCAUUGUCAGCUCCGGCAUCGGCGAACAAACUUACGCGCCAAGAAACAUCUUCGAGGGUCGCGAGGGAACUCCCACAUUGCUCGACGGCAUUGGAGAGAUGGAAGAGUUUUUCAACGACGCCAUCGCCAAGCUCCUCGCCAAAUCAAAAGUCUCCCCCUCCGAGAUCGACGUCCUCGUCGUCAACAUCUCCAUGCUCGCCGCCGUUCCCUCCCUCUCCUCACGCAUCAUCAACCGCUACAAGCUCCGCCACGACAUCAAGGUCUACAACCUCACCGGCAUGGGUUGCAGCGCCAGCCUCAUCUCUAUGGACAUCGUCAAAAACAUCUUCAAGACUCAGAGGAACAAGCUCGCGUUGUUGAUCACCUCCGAGUCCCUCAGCCCCAACUGGUACACCGGGAACGACAGAUCCAUGAUCCUCGCCAACUGCUUGUUCCGCUCUGGCGGCUGCGCGAUUCUCUUGACCAACAAACGGUCCUUGAAGGACAGAGCCAUGCUGCGGUUGAAGUGCCUGGUGAGGACGCACCACGGAGCCAGAGAAGAGGCUUAUGGUUGUUGUAUUCAGCAGGAAGACGAUCAGGGGAGGCUCGGGUUUCACCUUGGAAAGACGCUUCCCAAAGCCGCCACCCGAGCCUUCGUUGAUAAUCUUCGAGUCAUAGCACCCAAGAUAUUACCCAUCCGUGAGUUGCUCAGGUUUUUGUUCGUGUCCCUAGUUAAAAAACUGAACAAAAACAACACUCCCAAGUCUGCGAGCACUGGAGCUACUAAAUCUCCAUUGAACUUCAGAACAGGGGUGGAUCAUUUUUGUUUGCAUACUGGAGGAAAAGCUGUGAUCGACGGCAUUGGCAUGAGCUUGGAUCUGAGCGAGUACGACCUAGAGCCGGCGAGGAUGACCCUGCACCGGUUCGGGAACACGUCAGCGAGUAGCUUGUGGUACGUGUUAUCGUACAUGGAAGCGAAGAAGAGGUUGAAGAAGGGUGAUACGGUGUUCAUGAUAAGCUUUGGUGCUGGCUUUAAAUGUAACAGCUGUUUGUGGGAGGUGAUGAAGGACUUGGGAGACCCAAAUGUGUGGGACGAUUGCAUUGAUGACUACCCACCGGAGUCAUUGGACAACCCCUUCAUGAAGACCUAUGGUUGGAUCAACGAGGUUGAGGACCCGUACACUUACGAACAUAUUCCCGAUUUUCUCAAGUGA